AUACUUUAAAUGUCAUUGUAGUAAAUGACACUUGUAAGAAGUAGAAAGAAAAAAUCUGGAAAAAGGAAAUUUGAUUUUUAUAAAAGAUUAUAAUAUGCAUUUAUAAAUAGUAGAUAAUGUCUAGAAAAGAAGUGAAAACCUACAGUAAUUAUCGCGAAAGUGAUUUUAAGAUUGAAAAUGAGCCUGAAGAAGGUGAAAUUAUUGAUGAAUAUGACCUGAUAGUAUCCUCUGAUGAGGAGCUGUCCAUGAGACAGCGAAUUCGUGAGUUAGAAGCUGAAAAUGAAGAAAUUGAACAAAUUGCUGUGAUAUCUAGAAGUUAUGUUGAUAAAAUAAAUCCCCUGCAUACUCAUUUGGAGAACAGCCGCGCUGCCCAAGUACCUACAGAUGUAUCUUCCAUAUCAUCUACGGAGUUCGUCACACCAAAGAAACGUAAACGACGAAAAAGUAGAGAACAUAAGAGAAAACAUUGCCAUCAUCAGCAUCAACAUCAACAUCAGCACCAUCAUCAAUAUGAGACACAUCCUCGCUAUGUAGAACAAGAAAUACCUCUAAGGUCACGUUCUAGGAAAACCCAUUGCAAACGAAGACAAAAAUUGUUUGCAAAAAAACAUCAAAAAGUCCAUUCUGAUCGUUACCUAUAUAAGGAGAUUAAUGCAGAAACUGUUUCACUGGAUUCCCCCGAAUCUUCUGAUUCUUCAUCUUCUUUAACCGAUACUGAAAAUUUCAGCAAAAGUUAUUUUCCAUUUAGUAGAAAAGAUGACAAAUAUAUAUCGAGGGACACUUUACGUUUGGCUGUGGCGAGAAAUUCAAAUGAAUCGAUAUUUCCAAGCAAAAAAUCUUGUUUGAAAGACAAGUUACUAAGACAGGAAUUAGUUGGACAGCCAGCAAAUAUUCCGAUGGAAGAUGAGCGGCAGGCGGUCAGUGAGGCUGUAAAUGUCCCUAACGAGAAUGCUGAGCAAGACGAUGAUGACGAUGAUGUACAAGUAAUUGAAAAUGAACCUGAUAUACAAACUAUCGAUGAAGAUUCAACGGAUUCAUUGGAAGAAAAGGAACUUCGUCUGAUUGCUUUAAAAUCAGCUGUACUAAAGAAACAUAUGGCACGUAAAAUGCGCAAUGCGGAAGCGGCAUAUUCACCAACAGAUUUUGAUGAAAUGCUUGCUUCGGGCAACUUGCCGCAAGACAAUAAACUUGAUGAUCUAGAAGUGGUUGAUUUAGAUGCUGAAGAUUCACAAAACGCUUGUGUCACAGUUAGUCCUGUAGCUUCGCCCCAACUGAUGAUAUUGGAAGAUCAGGAAGAAAGCCAACAAAUGGUCGAUUGCAAACCCAUCGACAUGGAUAUUGCCAAUAGUGAUAGUGAUGAUACAACAGUCGGCAGUUGGUCGAAAGAAGUCGAACCAGUUCUACCCACAUUUCCUUUAAUGCCUCAUGACUUUGCCAAUAAUUUUCAAUAUGGCUACUAUAUGCCUGAUUUACAUGAACUGCCACCUCCUCCUCCUGGGGUCGACGACUAUGAGGAUGCACCCCCGCCACCGCCUUACCAUAAAAUGUAUGCUUCAGAAAUGCAAGACAUGGAAUUAGAUAGUGAAGAAAUUAGCGAAAGUCAACAUUGGUUAAAACAUAAUAUAAACUAUACUCACGAUAUCAACGAAACACUUCCAGAAAAAACCUCAAGUUUACCACCAACAGUUAGUCACAAAGAAGAUGUCGAAGAUGAAGAGGAAGAGGCAUUAAGAGCUUUAUUGCUAUCCAAAUUUCAAUCGCCCAAGAACCAAAAGAAAUCUAAGCGAUCAGUUGAUGCUACUGAAUCACACGACAUUUCAAACAGUAAUGUAUUGACUGAACAAUCCAACGCUAUGCCAAAAAAACCUACUGAGUUUAUUCUUAAAGAAGCCGUAAAGCGAUUAAAAAUCCACUCUCAAACUGAACUAUGCAAAGAGGAGUCAUCAGUAGAGUUUGAUAAUCCAAACAAAUUGCAAUUACCAACAAAGCCAUUGGAAUGUAAUGAAAAUAAUCACGGUUCCUUAACAUUAUUGGAAAAAUUAAGAAAUCGACUGAAUAAAUAUAAAAAUCAAGCGCAAGUUGCAGAACAUGUGUGUCAGGAAGUUAGAAAUGAAAAUAUUGAAGAUGAAAAAGAUAGUCGAGAACACUUUGGAGAGACAAUAGAAAAUGCACCUAAUAAUUAUAAGUGUAGUUUGGAAGAUGAUAGAGAACACCAGGAGUCAUUCUCAAAUACUUUAGAAGUAGCGAAUACGAAUAUUGAUAUUAAUGAUAUAACAAGACGACUGCAGCAAAUUAAGGAAAAUGUUUUAAAUUCUAUUAACAAAAAAACAACUCAAGAGCCUCCUGUGAAUUUAGAUUCAAAGCCACAAGUAACAAAACCGUCAACAGAAGAAAUCAUUACAGAAAUUCCCCAAGAAGAUAAAACUCAACCAGUUUUAGAAAAUAUAACAGAACUGCAAAAGCCAUUUCAUAACAAUUUGGAUAAUAUUGUUUCGAAAACCACUGAAAUUAAUACUAAUACUGCAGCAGCAAAAACAGUUGAAGCCAAUUUUGAUGCCACUACUAAACAAACAACCUUUAAAGUAACGAUAACUAAUGGUGCCGUGUCCAAGCCGGAGAACAGUGAUAUGAAUGUUAGUGUAAUCGACCCUUCUCUUAAAGAGAACAAGGCCAAUAAUCUAUCCAAAAAUGUAAAAUUAAAAGUUAAUGUUAAUUCAAAAAGUAAAGUCACAUUUAAUAGUGAAAGAGUAGUAAAAAUUAUAAAUAAAACAACUGAAUCAAGUGCGGAAACAAAAGGACAAGUUGUUAAGUCGUCUGCUGUGAUUAAACCGAUUGCAAAUAAAGCUCAAGUCACUGCCGUAUCAACAUAUCCACUAUUGCGUCCCACUAAAAUAGUUAAACCGAAUAAGGUUAUUAAUACCAACUUCGAUUUGAAUCGCAGACAAAUUUCACAAGCAACAGAAUCAACAUUAGCAAAUAAACCAACGGAAACGACUAAUCCGUUACCUAAUGCAACUGAUAAUCCUCGUUUAAUUACCUCCCUCGAUCAGGUGAAGCACAUGUUUAAAGUUGCUCCAUUUGUUAUAAGUGUUCAAAACUCAUCUAAUGAAUCUAGCGAAGAUGAGUGCAGCGGCGAGUACGAUUCAUUAUAUAAACCCCUGUACGAUUACAAUGAUAAUGCAAGUCCAUUGAGCUUAACUUUGGAGAGUCCAGUUCGUACACCUUUACGAUCGAACUCUCCAACAGAGCCUGGCAUGGAAGGAAAUACUAUAAAUAAAGACAUGGAAAGAAAACUGGAUACAUUUUUAAAGAAAGCCAAAAUAGUAGCACCUGUAAACCAUCAAAGCAAUGAUACGAACCAAGGCGAAAAAACUAAUAAAACUCCACUGGCGGUAAGACAUUUGCCAGCUGCGGCUCAAAGUGAAUACAGAAGGCUGGUGCAUCGUAUGAAAUUGUUGGAAAAUAAACGAAAAUCUACCAAUGAUGAUGAAAAUCCUAAAGACUGCAGCACUACUAACAAGAUUGAAAGCGAUUCACCACUUAAAGAAGAUCUUAGUACGGAAAAGGAUAAGGGUGAUGCUACCAGUUCCACGCCGAAAACAAGUCUAGUUAAAAAGGUAUUAAUAAGAAAUGCUACUACUACAAAUGAAUCACAAGUAGCAAAUGGCUCUACUGUAUCACCAAAGUUUCAUAAAAGCAACGUUUUACGUUCCUAUGAAAAUUUAUACGUUAAAUUCGGUGCGGGUAUUGUCAAUAAUUUGGACAAGUCAUUGAAAUUAGUAGAGGAAGCAAAAAAAGCCAAAAUAACAAAACUAAAGUUGGAAACUCGCCUGAAGGAAUUGAAAGCAGAAAUGGACAUUUUGCAGAGCAAACAUAAAGAAGAGCAACAGAAAAUAUCACGCAUCUAUCCCAGUAUUUGCAGUACCAAUGAAGUAAUAACAUCUUUGAAACAGAAACGCUCCAAAGUCUUUAAGGCGGCACUUAACUUGGGAAAAACUCUGAAGGGUGAGGACUACAGACUUAAUAAUGAUUUAAAAGAAAGUAUAACAACUAAAAGUAAACAGUUGGCGACGGAAAUAAAAAUUGUCAAUUCAUUGAAAGCCCAAGAUGUGAGCAAUAUAGAAAAUGCACUUAAACCUGGCACCAGUCCUAAGGAAUUGACAGACAAUAAAAAGAAAACUGCUGAGGAUUGUAAGACAAAGUCAAAUAGCGAAAAUAUAGAUACGAAAUUAAAAGCCGAUACAGCAGUGGUUUCUGACGAAAGAGAAAAAGAGAAGGAAGAAGAAAAAAGGGAAAAUAAAAUCGAAAAUCCUUUACAAUCUGAAGUUGGCGGUAAUACAGAAUUUCAGAAUAUGGAGGAUCACGACACAAUAAUCCCAGUUAAAAACGAGGAUACUAGUCGGCCGGACGUGGAUACAAAAACGGACUAUAGAGAUACCAAAACGGAAGAUUCUAAAGAAGCUUCGACUCUACCCUCAUACAUUUCCCCGCUAGAGCAUUUAAGAAAUAUAGACAGCAAUAUGGAUCCUAAUGGAGUUGUUUGCCCCUAUGAUCUCAUGGGAAAUUGUGAAGAUGUUACUUGUAAAUAUGUACACAUAACUCCAAAAGCUAAAACUUAGUAAAUCAAACAUUUUUUCAUUCAGGGUAAGUUUUAUAUAUGUAUAUGCAUAAGAACCUAAAACCUAAACCUACCUAAAAUUUACAUUCGUAAGCUAAUCUAAAAAAACAUUCCUUCCGCCGAAAGGGGAAGGAAGUUAUAAUUCAGUAUAAAAUCGGUGUCUUUUUGGCGUUGUAGGCUUUCUUUCUGUUUUCUUAUGAUUUUAUUUAUUGCAUUUCACAAUUAUAAUUGUAAAUACAUUCGAAUUUAUAUAUUUUUGUUGUUUGUAGAAUUUUUUACAAAAAGUUGUUAUUUUCCUCUAUUAGUUUUAUUCUUUUAUUUUAUUUCAUUCUAAAUCAUGUAAUCAUUUCAUUUAAAAAAAUUAUCAAAGUGCCAUUAUUAAUUACAAAAGAAAAAGACAGUUUUUAACUUAUUUAGGAAAGAGAACAAAAAGACAACCGAUUUUAUAAU